UGUUUCCAAACAAUAGUUGUGAAGUAUCAAAACAUUUAAUUAUACAGCGAUACCACCCAAUGUACCAGACAGUAUAUUUUUUGAAUUUAUAUAUAUAUUGUAGCCUGGCUAGCUGUUAGCCUCAGUUCUCAAAAAGUGAAAGUUUUAGCAAAGAGAAAAUCAGCUAAGGGCAAAUAUUUAUAUAUACUGCCUGCAGUGACUAGACGGCCACGAGUUGAUACCAGCUGCUAGUCAUGAAGACAACAACAAUCACCGUGCUAUUGACAGCACUAGCCACAACCUUGCUCAUACAAAAGGUACAGCUACAGCCGAUUAAUUGCGGACCUGGUAUCGACGCAGACUCUUGCAAUGCUAUCCAGAUAUUCAACAACCAAUUGUGCACUUGCGUCUGUCGAUCUGUAGUACUGCCCUCAGGAAAUGAAUGCAUCGCUGACAGCCGCAUGAUAUUCAAUAAUAACACCUGUCAAUGCGAAUGUGCUAACAGUAUGACAUGCCUCCCUCCUAUGAUUUUGAACAGACAGUGCGAGUGUACAUGUCCUAACUUGUUGUGCGAGGAAUUCGGAAUGAUACAAAACCCAGACACGUGUGGUUGCGAGUGCCCACCUGCCGACUGUUCCGGAAAUAUGGUACAGGAUCCAGACUCGUGUCAGUGUGUGUGUGAGAAAGUCACCUGCCCUCCCGGUCAAAUUCAGAACCCCCAAAAUUGUGAAUGCAGAUGUCCGAAAACUCCAUGUUACAAUCCGGUACAAGUUAGGGACCCAACGAACUGCAUAUGUAGAUGCCCUAGCGAUACAACAUGCCAAGGUGGAGAAAUAUUGAACCCUGUGACUUGUGCAUGUGUUUGUUUGGCAGCUGCUAUCGGAGACACUCAUUGCCAAAACUCCCAAACUUUUAACCAUGACACGUGCUCUUGUGGUUGUCCCUCUUGCUCGAAUCCAAAACAUAGUUACCUCAAUCCCGGCACCUUUAAUCAAGACAUGUGCGCUUGUGGUUGCCCUUCUUGUUCUAAUCCAAGACAUAGUCUCUUAAAUCCCAGCAGCUGUAGCUGUGGGUGCCAAGACAACCGUUGUCAGGGAAGACGCUGGUUGGAUCGCAACAGCUGUCAAUGUCACUGCUUCAAUUGCCCAGCCAAUAAGAGAGCGAGAGAAUCAGACUGUGCUUGUGAAUGCAAGAAUAGAAAGAAGUGCAACAGAUUCCAACGCUUCAACAAAUUCACUUGCCGAUGUGAUUGCAUCGCUAAGCAACAAUUUCCCAUGCUGGUAGUGGAGACUUCAGAGACUAAUGAUUGCUCUAAAAAAAGAGGGAGACGCGGAAAAAAAAGGAGAGGGAAGAAAUGCAAUAGAGAGAGGAGUGGAGAAACUGACGAUUCAAGUAGUUCAACCACAACGAGCAAGAAACGAAAAAGUAGGUCUCGAAGAAGAAGUUCAAAGAAGAACAGACAUAGAUCAAGAUCACGAAAUGACAAAAGCGUUUGUUUGAGAGGACAACGUUUUGACUUUGGAGUGUGUGACUGUGUGUAAUUACGUUAGUAGCUUUAUAGCUAUAAAUAAUUUAUGCACAUUCAAUUUUAUCCUUGCUCAAAUUUAUUUGAAAAGCUCUUUGCAAUUAA